AUGCUCCACAUAAAUCUAGAGUCAGAAGGGGAUGAUUCCCCCAACUCGAGUCCGAAUGGCCAACCUUUUCCACACAUUACCCGUUUACCGUCCUCUCCAAAUAUCUGGUACUCAGCUCUCGCCUUUGCUGGAUGGCCUAUCCAACUAAGUGAUAUAUCUAUAGGUAUCUCUGUUGAUUUCAGCAAGUCGGGCAAGAAUGUAGGGUCCGCUGAAGUACGGAUCGGCAGGUUGCGGUACGCGAUUGAACGCGAAGUAGGAAAGAUUUUGCGACGAACAUUUUCUCCACCCAUAGAGCUUGCUCUUGCAGAUUCGUUUUCCUUAGAUCUACGUCACAAGAGCUGGUGGUUUGGAGCGAAGGCUGGGCAUGAAGACAUCAAUUUCGAUACCAACGACAUCAUCCGUGUCGAGAGACAAGAAUACAUCAAGUUUCAUAAGAAAAUCAAAAUCACCGUUGAGCUUUUCGGGAAUACAUCAACAUCGACCGAACGAGCGGAACAGACAGCGACUUCUUCUGGUGAACACCCGGAGCUUCAGUCUACCACUGGCGAGAUCAUUCGGAUUUGUCCUCGGUUUCGAAUUCUGGUGAUAGGAAAGACCGGCGUCGGCAAGUCUACGCUGAUUAAUCAGGCAUUCGGAGUGGAAGAAGCGCUCACUUCGCAUGAUAAGCCGGGCGAGGCUAAUAUUGAUACCGAAUUCAUCUCAAAACAGAACGACAAUUUUGUUCUCCAUGAUAGCAAAGGUUUUGAACCGGGGGAAGAAGAUAACGUCCAAAUAGUCCUAAAUUUCAUCCAACGUCGGAUAUCUGAGCCUGCUUUGAAAGAUCAGUUGCAUGCUGUUUGGCUUUGCUUUGAAAUACCCCGUGCAGGCGGGCGUUUAUUGGAAACUGGUAUGGAGGCCUUCCUCACAUUGAAGCGCAACGGAAAGUUAGGAAAUAUACCUGUUGUCGCCGUUUUUACCAAGUACGAUAUGCUCAUUGAACGCAUGGAACGUACUUUGGAUGGCCCAUCUCUCAAAAGGUUGAGCGAUGACGCCAUCAAGAAACUCGUCAAUAAAAAAGCAGAUGCUGAACUCAAGAAUAUCUGCAUCCAACCCUUACAGAAGUUCGCCGGGCGUCAUGUCCCCUGCGCUGCGAUAUCUAAAGAUCAUAAGGAAACCCUUGUACCUUUGAUCCAGGUGACUGAAAACCUCGUCCGUCAGCACUUUGCCUUCGAGGCCUCGGUGAUGACCUCUAUAGCCCAAAGAGUGGAUCCUGGACUCAAAAUGAAUGCAUCAAUUGAGGUUGGCAAGAGAAGAUAUUGGAAUGCACUGGCAUCAAGCACAGCGUUCAAGAACCAUACGAUACGGGAAUGUCUGCAUGUGCUUCACGACGACAUCGUUGCAGUCUGGAACUUUCAUGACCCUCAUCGUUACUUGUAUAGCCCAGAGUUCAGGACAUUGAUGGUGAACAUGGUUGACAAAAUAGACGCUGAACCUACAGCGGAUCCCAACAAGACCAUUACUGUAGGGCUCUCUAUUGUGGGUGCUAUCACGUGCAUCAUAUCUGCCUCGGCAGCACCUGCGGCUCCCAUUGUGGUGCCGAUCGCGGCAAGUGUUGUACUCGCUGUAUGGGCUCGUGAUGUGUACCAGACGUCCCAUGCAGUGCUUCAGCGCUUUAUGUCGUACAUCAUCGACUUAACACUUGUGUUGCAGACACUGCAUCUUGUGUCUGAAAGCCAGCCACUCUCUCGUAGGGCUAUCAAGCUCGCUCUCGCUUCCUACUAUGCCUCACCGAUCAGCGGAGAAGUCCAUACCAAGAUUCAGAUGUAUAAUAGGCAAUUGACACUCCUGGAACGCGUUGACCGCGAUACAUUGGAUAAAAUCAUCGAACUCAUGCAGCUCUACAGCAUCGGUGCAGAAAAAUUAUCUGCACUUCGUGCACAAAUUUCGCUUGUGGAUGUGUCAUCAGAUGAACCAUGGGAAGUCGAGAAGGCGGCGUAACACUUGAUUCCUCUUUUGCGUAUGUUAUGCAGCAUUGACGAGUAUUGUCUGAGUACAUACUUCUGGAGUAGUCAUGGGAUUGCAGUGAUGUUGUAAACUUGUAGUAAUCGUAAUUUCGGCUGACCUAACUCAUAAUUACAUGGCAAUAUGGAAGAUAGAUAUGGUAUUGUCCCUGAGUCCGACGCGGAAGCAG